AUGGACACCAAGACACAGAGCCUUCCCAACACCCACACCCAGCCCCAUAGCAACUCUCGGCCCCAAAGCCACACCUGCAGCCCGUGCACCUGCAGCUCCCACUGCCACACCUGCAGCCAAACCUGCAGCCGGAGCUGCAGCCGGAGCUGCAGCCGGAGCCGGAGCUGCAGCCGGAGCCCCACUGGCUACCAGAGCCAGAUUUCACACCCCAGCCCGCCACCGAGGCACCAGAAACACACCAUGCACUCCCACCACUGUUCCCCACGGCCCACCACCCAUUCCUGCAGCUACCCCAAAAACAGAAAGAAUUUGGAAGGAAAGGUGAACAAGAGGAAGGUGGUCAAGAGGAGACAGCAGGUGUAUAAAACAAAGAGGCGGAGCUCAGGGCGGAGAUACAACUGA